CCCUGAUCAUCUUAUACAUCGAUCAAAACUACUACUAACUACGUACAUUCCAAGCAAAAUAUUAAUGGCGUCCAAAUUGUUCGUACUAAAGACGUUGUUGGGUGUAUUCACUUGUGUGAUGGGAGCCGCCCUUGCUUAUGGAUUUUCCUUGGAUUACUUCUUCUCUUGCUUCAGCCCCCGUGCUAGAUGGAUGCAAGUGGCAUUGACAGACUUUGUCAUUAGUAUAUCUCCUAUAUCGGUCUGGUAUUUCUACAAAGAACCAAGAUGGAUCAUGAGAGUCAUGUUUAUGUUUAUUUUAUUUUGGUUAGGAAGCUUUAUUAUAUGUGGAUACAUUCUUCUACAGCUUUUGAAGCUAUCACCAGAACAAACUUUGAAAGAUCCAUUUUUUUUUAUGUUGGCGAGACCUAAAAGCAGGGAUGAUGUCAUGGGAGCGAGCAACACGCGGGGAGGAUUUUCCGUGGUAACAACAAGAAUAAUAUAUGCUUCAUUGGGUUGCUUGAUGCUUGCAUUUCUAGUUUUCGCAUGGAUCACUGAUGGAUCUCCAUUCCGUUCACAAGUCCUCUCCCCGUGUAUGGUUACAUUGUUAAUAGACCUUUGUAUCCAAGCUGUUAUUUACUCGGUGUGGAUAGGAUACAAGGAAUCAAGUUGGACUAAUGCUUUGUUUUGGAUACUUUGUAUCGUUUGUUUUGGGAGCAUUGGUUUAUGCGGUUACAUAGUGCGCGAGUUGUUCUACCUCACACCUGACCAACCUGUUUACCUUAUACUUUUCAACACAAGUAACAGAGAUGUGAUGCUAAGUGAUCCAUUGUUGUUAAAGAAUCAUCAUCUUCAUCAUGACAACAUAUAAUGAAUGAUCUAUUAAUAUGUCUGUCAGGACUGCAUCAAUUAAAGCAACGACAUUUUGUUAUGCUUUUCUCCUUGCUUUUUCUUCGUUUAAAUAAAAACAAAUAAAAUAA